GCGCCUUGUGGAUUUCGGGGAUGGGUCUAUCGAUGGAAUCAAGAUGGCGUCUCUGGCAAAAGCGCCAAUAUAUGUACUGAAGUAGAUGUUCCAAACUGACCGCGUUGGCGGCUUUUCUCAAGCCCCUCGGCGGGGUCCGUGAACACAGGCAGACCGGGAGCAUGCUUUGGAAGAGGAAUUGACCGGGUUCGAUACCGCAACAAAGUCAGCGAGAUGUGCGAGAGCUAUGCCCGCUCGCUGCUGCGUGUGUCGGUGGCGCAGAUCUGCCAGGCUCUGGGCUGGGAUGCCGUUCAGCUCACUGCGUGCGAUCUGCUGUCCGAUGUGCUGCAUCGGUAUAUCCAGCAGUUGGCCAAGGUCUGCCAUCGCUACACCGAGCUCUAUGGAAGAACGGAUCCAGUACUGGAUGAUGUGAGCCAGGCCUUCAGGCUGCUGGGCGUGAGUCUGAGUGAACUGGAGGACUAUGUCCACAACCUGGAGCCCGUGGCCUUCACCCAUCAAACGCCGCUCUUUCCUCUUUCCAAAAAUAACGUCCUCCAGUUUCCCCAGCCCGGAGCCCGAGAUGCGGAGGAAAGGAAGGACUAUAUUCCAGAUCACAUGCCCCCCCUGGUCUCCUUACAAGAAGAAGAGGAAGAGGAGGAGGUCCUUGCUGACAUGGGCACCUCAGCCGAAGCUAUGCAGGUGGCACUGGAGGAGGAUGAGGAUGAAAUGGAAGAAGAUGAGACCUUCAAUGAUGAGAACUACCCUCUGAAGAGGCACCUGGACAGCCCCGAUGCUAAUGUUGGCAUGAUGCCUACUUCCAAGAGACCACGGAUGUACUCUGGCCUCAGCCCAGAAUGGGGGGUUGAGCCCCGGGAGCCCCUCACGUCUCUCAAUCCACAACGUGUUCCCCCAGGCAUCCUGCCUUCCCAUGAUAGCAUUGAUCCCAUGUCACCUGAAACACCCUCUGGAACCUUGCCGCCCUUCAGACCUCAGCCGGUAGUACCAAAACACUCUGAUCACAAAGGCCUCACCACUCCAGGGAGAAAGCCUAAGGUCUCAUCCCCUGGCAGACAACGGACUAAGUCUCCUAAAGGAGGGAUUCCUGUUUCGGUGGGUGGUAGUCCCAUCCACUCUCCAAAAUCGUCUAAGGAAAGGAAGAAAUCCCCGGGCAGGACGAAGAGUCCUAAAAGCCCCAAGAGCCCAAAAAUGAGUUCGGUCAAAGCAUCUCAACCCCCAAGCAAGAUAGACAUUGUGCAUAAGUUACCGAUGUCUGCGCUGAGUGAGAGGAUGGGUAAGGAGAACAUCCAUAUGCGUCAGAACAUAGAGGACCGGGAGUUAGACGAGGGCCCCUUUAAGAAACUAGAGCCUGAUAAUACGGCUAUCGAUGACUCAAUCGAUGCUGUGAUUGCCAGAGCGUGUGCCGAGCGGGAGCCCGAUCCUUUUGCCUUCUCAUCUGGUUCUGACUCAGACAGCAAUGGAUUCUCCAGCCCCAGGAGACUGACCAUUAUGGAGCCAUCAACACCUAAACUCCUGAUUGGGGCCAGCAAUGCUAUAACAGACACGUCAACACCACUUCACCUACAGACACACCCAGGCCUAGGAAACUGGACAAUGGAUGAUUCAAUCAAUGAGGUGAUCCGAAAGGUCAACCAGGGGGGACCGUCUGCACAGCCGCAAAACCAAGGCGUGUAUGUGUCGUCGGGCUCGGCCUCGCCACCCACUCCUGAACCUCUGCUCAAGCUGUUUGAGGAGAAGAACAAGAUUGUGUCGUCAAUAGAUAUCAAGAAAAAGCUGAAGAAGGAGCUCAAAACUAAAAUGAAGAAGAAGGAGAAAGACAAGCCGAAAGACAAAGACCGGGAAAAGGAUAAGGGCAAGGUAAAAGAGAAGAAUAAGGAUAAGAACAGGGAUAAAAACAAGGAGUUUUCCAAGGAGGCCAAGAUGCCCUGGAAGGAGUUUGGGAUGAAGGAUGAGGAGCUCUUCCUUCAGCGAGACUUUUCUCUGCCCGAGGUUUCCAUCAAGGUGAAAUCCAGAGAUGGAGAUGUUCCUAAGAAGGAGAAAGAAAAACACAAAGACAAAAAGAAGGAUAAAGAAAAAAGCAAAAAGGACAAAGACAAGAGGGAGAAGGGCAAAGACAGAAACAAGGAGGACAAACAGAAACAAUCUGGCUUAGCUUCUUUUGGUCUGGGUGAAAGUCUACCACUGUUCAGCCCCUCCGCCUGCCUGCGCAUGCCCCCCAUCCCCAUACUCCCUCCUCUGGCCCCGAUGCUCCAGGAGAAAGACGUGAAGAGCAAAGAGAAGGACAAGAAGAAGGACAAGAAAGAGAAGAAGAAAAAGAAGGACAAGGACAAGGACAAGGAGAAGGAUAAGGAGCGAGAGAAGGCCAAAGAAAAGGAGAGGGAGAAAGAGGAGAAGAGGAAAGAAAAGGAGAGGGAAAAGGAGAAACGAGAAAAGGAGAAGGAGAAAGAGAGGAUUCGAUUGGAGAAGGUGAAAGUAGAAAUUCCAGCUGCUCUACUGUCUCCAGUCAUCCCCAGACUGACGCUCCGGGUGGGAGCAGGCCAGGACAAAAUAGUUAUCAGCAAAGUGGUUCCAAAUAUAGAAUCCAAGACGCCAACACCCAAGACCCCCACUGCCAAGUCUGGACCUGGGAAUCGCCCUCGGACGCCUCCACCUCCUCCAAUACUUGCCCCAGUCGCACCCCCUCUGGCUCCACCUGCUUCUCCGCUCCUACUAGCGCCUGCUCCUUCAUCUUUGCUCUCCCUGGCACCCAUGCUCUCUCCCACCACUUCCAAACCCCCGGUCCGCAGCGUAGUAACUGAGACAGUCAGUACCUACGUGAUUCGAGAUGAAUGGGGAAACCAGAUCUGGAUUUGUCCUGGAUGCAACAAACCUGAUGAUGGCAGUCCCAUGAUAGGAUGCGAUGAUUGCGAUGAUUGGUAUCAUUGGCCUUGUGUCGGGGUCGUAUCAGCGCCUCCAGAGGACCAGCAGUGGUUCUGUGUUAAAUGUUCCGGCAAGAAGAAGGAUAAAAAACACAAGAAACGGAAACACAAACUGCAUUGAGACUAUGCAAAAGCACAUAUCCUGGACUUUUUUUUUUUCGGACUGAAAGCCAUCACCGAACACACGUGGCACUGCUGUAAGAGAAACAAAAAAAACAAAAAAAUAGAAAGUUAAAAUUUUUGGCUGAUACUAACUUCUGAUGAUUUUUUAAAAUGAUGUCAGCCAUGAUGCAUUGUGAUUGGGUAAGGAGAAAAACAGACUUUAACCAGCACAUAAUCAAGCCUUCGUUCUCAUGUGGGCUCUGUGGGUUUCCCUUAUACACGUGUAGGUUGUUUGAUUGUUUUGGAUGUGCGCUCCUAAGAGAUCAAGACAGUUAUGUUUGUAUCAGACCACGACAGUUUGCAUGAGAGGAAAACUCAUCAAAGCAGAACUAGAGAACAGCGAACAUCCAUUGUCUUUAUUUCUGUUUCCGUCACGUGACCAGAGAACGACCGAUCUCGACGUCAACACCUCCCCCUGGUUUUCUGCAGUGUCAUUGCAAUGUCAUGUAUAUAAUGAUGAUCGCAUCAGGCAUGUAUAAAAGUGUAAAUACCAACUUCCAAGCCAAGUGCAUUUUGUUCUUAGGAUGAUUCUGACUUGUUAAAUCCAUUUCCAGAUAUUGGUUUUUAACUCAAAUUCCUUUCUGUACAUUUUUUAAAUUCAAAGUUUGUAUUUUAAUUUUUUUUCUUCACAUUGAUUUUUUUCCCCCGGGGUUAUAUUGUAGCCGUGCUUGUAAUGUAAUUAAUUUCUCUGAUGCUUCAAUAUUAAAGAUGAACAGUCUGUUUGCUCGCAGACUUUAAGACUUUAAA